AUGACAGAUUGGGCCAAGUUGAAGGUCGCCGACCUCAAGGAGGAGUGCAAGUCGCGUGAUAUCCCUCUGACAGGUCUCAAAUUAAAACAACAAUACAUCGACAAGCUCGAAGAGUACGAGGUGCAGAAUGCCAAUCAAUCAGUUGAGGCUGAGGGUGAGCAAGAGACUGAAGGUGUCGAGGAACGACCUCCGCCGCAGGCAAACGGAAACGAUGCGCCCAGCCACGUUAUUGACCCAGCCGCGAAUGACACCCAAAACGAUGAAGCGCGCGAGGAUGUUAGCGGAAAAGAACACCCUGCCUCUGGAGGAGACCAAGCCGGAGCAGACAUUCCUUCAGCAGCCCGGGCAGAGGAUAGCCAGGCAAAAGCUCUGAGCAAGCCCGAGGAACAGCCUACUCCAGAGGUUGCCACACAGCCUGAUGAGGAUGCGAAAAAGGACGAACCAGAGAAACUUGCAGACACUACUGAAGAGAUCAAGCAAGUGCCUGGGGCUCCUGUACAAAGUGAUGACGCAGUCACCGGCGCAGGAGAGCCAGCAAAGGAUGAAGCCAAAAUAAUCGACCAAAGUGUUACAGAGAAGACACCUACUGUGCUCGCUACCCCACCCGCAACAGAAAAUCUAUCAGACUCCAAUACUACCAACUCCUCACAACUGAAUUCCAAAGAUGUUGCAGAAGACGAGAGAAAGCGGAGAAAAAGAAGCGCCACACCCGUCCCCUCGACACAGGAUGUGGCUCGUAAGAGAGCGAGGCUGGCAGAAGAUACACAGGAGUCGAGGGCAGAAGAUGUCCCUGAUCAAACAGAAGCGGGAAUAGGAGAGAGGAAAGAUGCCCCGGGAGAGGCUAUGGAUGGAGAGCCUGCUGAGGUUGUCGUCGAAACAUCUGGUGAUGGAGAACUCCCCACGAAACCCCUUUCCGAGCAGCAGGGCACCACUGCAAGCGAACCCCGGGCCCACGAUGAAAGAGCGUCUGCUUCUCCUCCCAGAUCAACGACUUCAGCAGAAGACCGCGACAUCCCACCCGCCAUCCACCCAGCAACAUCAUCCAUCUACAUUCGCAACUUCAAACGACCCCUACAUAUCCCUUCGCUCCGCGCCCACAUUGUAUCAAUAGCAAAAUCGCGUUCCUCUGAUAACGCCGAUCCAAUCACCACAUUCUAUCUCGACAGUAUUCGCACCCAUGCAUUUGUGACGUUCACCUCCGUCGCAGCCGCCUCGCGAGUCCGUUCUGCGAUGCAUGGAUCACGCUUUCCGGAUGAACCUCUCCGCGAACCACUCUUUGUGGACUAUGUUCCUCCAAGUAAGGUGCAAACAUGGAUUGACCAAGAGACUGGCAGUGGUUUUGGUCGAGGAGGCAAUGGUCGUCGCUUUGAAGUAGCUUACGAGGAAGGCGAAAGUGGAAUCGAGGCAGUUUUCCAGGAGAUCGACACCAGCAAGCCUCGCCCACCGCCCUUCGACCAGAGUCGCGGGUCCCGCGCCCCGUUUGACAGGCAGCAGUCAGACUCGGUCUCCGCAGGUGUUCAUCCGGACCGUGAGACUUUGAUCCCUAGAAGCAAUCAAAGCCGGGACCACCAGCGCGGGCCUCCAGGUGGCAGCCAAAACACGGCCUCAAACAAUGGCACGGGCUUCAAAGCGCUCGACGAACUCUUUGAGUCCACUUCCACCAAACCGAAACUAUACUAUAAACCGGUACCUUCGUCGGUGGCGAAUGAGCGCUUAGACAUGUUCCGCGCCCUACGCUCCGGUUGGGAGGAGAUGGGACGAAGUGGUGAUGAGGGCAUGAAGCGGUACUCUUUUGAGCGGGACAGGGACGGAGAAGAGUGGGUUGACAAAGGACCCGAGUUUGGAUUCGGGCGCAAGGGCCAGGCUAGGUUGGAUGGAGCACGAGGAGGUGGAAGAGGAAGGGGAGGAGGAUAUCGAGGUAGAGGCAUGGACUCGUGGAGGGGAGGUGGAAGGUGA